AUGACGGGCGACAAUGACCCCGUCACCGAAUGCGGUAACCUAGGCAUCAUGGUCGUCCUCACCGCGGACCUCCCUGAAGGCGUCUAUCCCAGCGACGUCCGCAUCUGCAGAGACCAUCCGCUCGGCCGGAAUAGAGACAUAAAGGGUGUAUCGCUGGCACCUCUUGACCCUAUGGAUGUCCAGGCCCUGGAAGGCAAUACUGCUGCAUUGGAAGGACGUUCAGAGCCCACGAUUCCCAACACUUCCGAGCUACAGGCCUGCUACAAGAAUGCGCCGUACGGGUGCUCAGGGGGGUAUUGCUGGAAGGUCUGCGGGAACAACGGCGAGUGGUGCUGGACGGCCAAGAACAGUGGGGUUGGGGCUUGGUAUACCUGCAAUCGGUAUCAGAAUUGUGGCACUGGCACGAUCCAUGCGUGUGGUAGGGGCUGUCCGGAGUUGUGGGUGUAG